AUCUUCAACACACCCAAACACCUCUUAGCUUUCUUCUACUCUGAGAACAGAGAGAAGGCCAACUAACUCUGAUCAUAUGAUCAUCGUCUAAAAAUCCCAGAUCAGAACUCGAAAGUUCAAAGAAGAGAAAAGGGGUCGGAGCGAAUAUAGAAUUAGAGCAUGGAGGCGGCGGAUUUGGGGAUUAUAAGAGGGGGGAGUAUAAGAGGGAGCUUGAGAGGGAGCUUAAGAGGGAGUUCCAGAGCCAACAGCAAUUCCAUAUGGAGGAACACCGGCGUGGAGGUGUUUUCCCGCUCGUCCAGGGACGAGGACGACGAGGAGGCUCUCAAAUGGGCGGCGCUCGAGAAGUUGCCCACGUUCGAUCGUCUCAGAAAAGGGCUUCUGUUCGGAGCGGAAGGGCCGGCGACGGAGGUGGAUAUAAACAACCUCGGAUUCCAUGAACGACAGACCUUGCUUCAGCGGCUUGUUAAUGUUGCCGAUGAAGACAACGAGAAGUUCUUGAUGAAACUCAGGAACAGAAUAGAUAGAGUUGGGAUAGACUUGCCGACAAUAGAAGUGAGAUAUGAGCAUCUUAAAGUGGAGGCAGAUGCAUAUGCAGGCAGCAGAGCUUUGCCCACAUUCAUCAACUUCACUACAAAUUUCAUUGAGGAUCUGCUGAACGCCCUUCACAUCACUAGAACCAAAAAAAGGAACCUCACUAUCCUCAAUGAUGUUAGUGGAAUCAUCAAGCCAUGCAGAAUGACGUUGCUGUUGGGGCCACCGAGUUCGGGGAAGACAACACUUUUACUAGCGCUGGCAGGGAAGCUUGAUAAAGCGUUGAGGGUGGGUGGGAGAGUGACGUACAAUGGGCAUGGGUUAGACGAAUUUGUGCCGCAGAGAACAGCUGCGUAUAUUAGCCAACACGAUUUGCAUAUUGGAGAAAUGACAGUUCGAGAAACCUUGGAAUUCUCAGCUAGAUGCCAGGGUGUUGGCUCUCGUUAUGAAAUGUUGGCGGAAUUGUCAAGAAGGGAGAAAGCAGCAAACAUCAAACCAGAUCCCGAUAUUGACGUUUACAUGAAGGCUGCAGCUACUGAAGGACAAGAAGCAAAUGUGGUGACUGAUUAUAUUCUUAAGAUUCUGGGACUGGAAGUUUGUGCGGACACAAUGGUGGGCGAUGAAAUGAUACGAGGAAUAUCGGGCGGGCAGAAAAAGCGUGUGACCACCGGCGAGAUGAUUGUCGGACCGUCGAAAGCUCUUUUCAUGGACGAAAUCUCGACGGGGCUGGACAGCUCCACAACCUAUUCCAUCGUCAAUUCGCUUAAGCAGUACGUCCACAUUCUCAAGGGAACCGCCGUCAUUUCUCUGCUCCAACCCGCGCCCGAGACCUACAACCUGUUCGACGAUAUUAUUUUGUUGUCGGAUGGAUACCUCGUUUACCAGGGCCCUCGCGAACACAUCCUCGACUUCUUCGAGUCCAUGGGCUUCAGAUGCCCCGACAGAAAAGGCGUCGCCGAUUUCUUGCAAGAAGUGACAUCCAAGAAAGAUCAACAACAAUAUUGGAUACGUAGAGAUGAGCCUUACAGGUUCGUGAAGGCUAAGGAAUUCGCGGAGGCAUACCAAUCUUUCCAUGUUGGGAGGAGGUCAGCAGAGGAGCUUUCGGCACCGUACGAUAAAACCAAAAGCCAUCCUGCGGCCUUGACAAACGAGAAAUAUGGCAUAGGAAGUAAGCAGCUCUUGAAGGUUUGCACUGAGAGAGAGUAUUUGCUAAUGCAGAGAAACUCAUUUGCUUACGUCUUCAAGUUCUGCCAGCUUACCAUUAUGGCUCUUAUUACAAUGACACUGUUCUUCCGAACUGAAAUGCACAAAAAUAAUGAGACUGAUGGAGGGAUUUAUGUUGGCGCCCUGUUUUUCGCGGUGGUUAUGAUUAUGUUCAACGGUAUGUCUGAGCUUCCUAUGACGAUUUAUAAGCUGCCGGUGUUCUACAAGCAAAGGGACCUCCUGUUUUUCCCUCCUUGGGCUUAUGCUCUUCCUUCCUGGAUCCUCAAAGUCCCGGUGACAUUUGUUGAAGUCGGUCUUUGGGUGUUUGUUACUUACUAUGUCAUGGGAUUCGAUCCGAAUGUUGGCAGGUUGUUCAAACAGUUCUUGAUAUUGAUCAUGGUAAACCAGAUGGCUUCUUCACUGUUUCGGUUUAUUGCUGCUAUGGGUAGGACUAUGGGAGUUGCCAACACAUUUGGAUCCUUUGCUUUGCUUCUGCAAUUCGCUCUUGGUGGCGUUGUUCUUUCUCGAGAUGAUGUGAAGAAGUGGUGGAUUUGGGGUUACUGGACUUCACCAUUGAUGUAUGCCCAGAAUGGCAUUCUUGUUAAUGAAUUUAAUGGACAUAGCUGGAGUAAGCCUGUCGUGAACAGUAGUGAAACACUUGGAGCUAGAGUUGUAACAUCAAGAGGAUUCUUCUCAGAAUCUAAGUGGUAUUGGAUAGGUCUGGGGGCACUUUUCGGGUUCACAAUAGUCUUCAACUUGUGUUACUCCAUAGCUCUCCAAUAUCUUAACCCAUUUGGCAAGCCCCAAGCUCUUAUAUCAGAUGAUGACGACGAUAAAGAAACUGCUUCUGUCCAAACUGUUGGUACAAACGGAGGAAAUGGAAUCAGUGAGGCACCCCCCGAGACACAGAAACGGGGAAUGGUUCUUCCAUUUGAACCGCAUUCCCUCACGUUUGACGACGUUGUGUACUCUGUUGACAUGCCUCAGGAAAUGAGGGAUCAGGGCGCUGCCGAGAAUAGAUUGGUGCUGUUAAAGGGCGUAAGUGGGGCCUUCAGGCCUGGUGUUCUCACCGCUUUGAUGGGCGUGAGUGGGGCAGGGAAAACCACUCUUAUGGAUGUGUUGGCUGGAAGGAAAACCGGGGGAUACAUUGAUGGAGACAUCAAGAUUUCUGGAUAUCCAAAGAAGCAAGAAACUUUUGCCAGGAUUUCAGGGUACUGUGAACAGAACGACAUCCAUUCUCCCUUUGUCACGGUUUAUGAGUCCCUCGUUUACUCAGCUUGGCUACGUUUGCCAGAAGACGUAGAUGCUAGAACUAGAAAGAUGUUUGUUGAUGAAGUGAUGGAGCUAGUUGAGCUGGUGCCAUUGAGAUCAGCACUGAUUGGGUUGCCAGGAGUUAACGGUCUCUCAACCGAGCAACGCAAAAGGCUAACGAUCGCAGUUGAGUUGGUGGCGAACCCCUCCAUCAUAUUCAUGGACGAGCCAACUUCAGGGCUGGAUGCGAGAGCCGCUGCAAUUGUGAUGAGAACUGUGAGGAACACUGUUGACACCGGCAGAACCGUGGUUUGCACCAUCCAUCAACCUAGCAUCGACAUUUUUGAAGCUUUCGAUGAGUUAUUCCUAAUGAAAAGAGGAGGACAAGAGAUAUAUGUGGGGCCAUUGGGUCGCAAUUCUUGCCAUUUGAUCAAGUACUUUGAGUCGAUUGAAGGAGUGGCGAAAAUCAAGGAUGGAUACAAUCCAGCAACAUGGAUGCUGGAAGUGACAACUUCAGCUCAAGAAAUGCUGUUGGGAGUGGAUUUUACAGAUGCUUACAAGAACUCAGAUCUGUACAGGAGGAACAAAGCUUUGAUCAGUGAACUAAGCACGCCUCGCCCGGGUUCCAAGGACUUGUACUUCCGGACUCAAUACUCACAGUCUUUCUUGAGCCAAUGUAUGGCCUGUCUGUGGAAGCAACACUGGUCUUAUUGGCGUAACACCUCUUACACCGCUGUUAGAUUCAUCUUCACAUCCUUCAUUGCACUGGCUUUCGGGACAAUGUUCUGGGACCUUGGUACCAAAGUUGAUAGGAAGCAGGAUGUGUUUAACGCUAUGGGAUCCAUGUACGCUGCGGUCCUCUUCCUGGGUGUGCAAAACUCUUCGUCGGUGCAGCCUGUGGUCGCGGUUGAACGUACUGUUUUCUACAGGGAGAAGGCGGCCGGGAUGUAUUCUGCCUUACCAUAUGCCUUUGCACAGGCGCUUAUUGAAAUUCCUUACAUACUUCUACAAUCAGCAGUGUACGGCGUGAUUGUGUAUGCGAUGAUCGGGUUUGAAUGGACAGUGGCUAAGUUUUUCUUCUACUUUUUCGUAAUGUUCUUCUCCCUGUUAUACUUCACCUUCUACGGCAUGAUGUCUGUGGCCGUUACUCCCAACCAAAACGUUGCAUCUAUCGUCGCCGCCUUCUUCUACGGUAUAUGGAAUUUGUUCUCAGGAUUCAUCAUCCCUCGACCUAGCAUGCCUGUGUGGUGGAGAUGGUACUUCUGGGCAUGCCCCGUGUCAUGGACAUUGUAUGGAUUGGUGGCAUCACAAUUCGGAGAUAUUGAAUCGAAAUUGAGAGAUUCAGAUCAAACUGUGAAAGAGUUCGUGGAAGAUUACCUUGGGUUUAAACAUGAUUUUCUUGGAGUGGUUGCAGCUGUCACGGUUGCCUUCCCUGUUCUUUUCGGCUUCAUUUUCGCCUUCGCCAUUAAGGCAUUCAACUUCCAGAAAAGAUAGAAAUGCCGCGCUUACAACUUUAUGCAGUAACAGUAGUAGUAGUUACUAGUAUGUAUGUAUGUAUAGGAGGAUGCUGAGAUGGAGGUGUUAAUCAAAUUUGUAACCAGUAUGAGAGCUUUUGUGUUCUUUCGAUUAGCUCUUUUAUGUAAGCAAUUCAAGAGCCAAUAAUUACUUACUUCUCAUAUGCUGCAAA